AUGUGUCCGUCAGGUCGGGACCAAUCAGUGGGCCGGCCAGCCGGUCAGUCAGCCGACAGGACAGAUAACAGUACCGGCCCGGCUUUUAGGCUACAGACCGGAGGACCAGCCCAGUCCAGUCCAGUCCAGUCUGUCAAACGAGGUCCAAUUCAGUCCAGUUCAUCUAACCCGCUGCCCAUUCAGGCGGUCGCGUCAAUUGUGAACGCUACAAAUCCGCCUUUCCGGCCUGUCAGAUCAACAGGCCAUCGAGACCCGGUGGAAAGAGGAACGAGAUUAAGGAUAUGGCCGCACGAGUUAACGAAUCAAUGCAACUAUCGUCUCAGCAAGUCCAUUGUCGUCUAUCAAAAUGGCGAGCCAGGUUGUGCAAUUCGGGGGAAAUUAGGCCCAGAACAGGCUAGAAUGCUCGUCGAAUUCACUCCCAGACUGGUGUUGCUUGUGUAG